UCGACUUAGCACUCACGCUUGAUGCAGAGCUGAUCCCCAAACGCCAGAAAAAGAUCAUCCACACAGCAAUCCGUUCCUUUCCCUCCCUUCCGAUUCCUCAAGCGAUCGUAAGCGCUCCAGCUUCUCCAGACCAACAAUUCUCCUGUUUUAGGAAGAGGAAUGAAUCCUAACUUCACAUCAGUAAUGGAGGGAGCCGCUGAGUCCACUGCUACUGCCCGGGUGGUGGGAUUCAGAUUUCAUCCUCGCGAUGAUGAACUCGUGAACCACUAUUUGCGUUAUAAAUUACUUGGCGAGAAUACUGGUUCUGUUUCCAUACCUGAGAUCAAAGUGUAUACUUUUGAUCCUUGGGAGUUACUCGGUUGGAUGGACAAUAAACUUGAUGAGUGGAUUUUUUAUUGUUAUUGUCCGCGGCAUUAUAAAUAUGUCAACAGCAAAAGAUCAAAUAGGACUACGAAAACUGGUCAUUGGAAACCUACGGGCAAGGUGCGUGAGGUAAAGAUGAAGAGAACCAAGAAAAAAAUCGGUACGAAGAAGACUUUGGUUUUCUAUAAAAAGGAGGAAGGUUCUUCUAAAGGAAUCAUCACACAAUAUGUGAUGCAUGAGUAUGAGUACAUAGCGGAUCCAAACUCACCAUCUAAGGAAAAUUUCACACUUUGCAAAUUGAAGAGGAAGAGAGAUAAACGGAUCAAUAAAAAUCAUGACAAGCUAGAUCAUCAUGUGACCAUGCAUUCCAGCCGUGAGCAGUGUCACCCUAUUUCUGAUGCUGGAAAAUCCAACCCUAGUUACAAGGCAACUCUGCCUAAUGCUUUUGAUUGUGAAAAUCAAAGGCCACCUCUAUUGGGAGGGAAUGGGUGUUCGAGCAUAGUGCAGACUACUUGUGAUAGUAGUGAGGCGAGUCGCCUAGUGAUUUCUGAUUUUGGAGAUCAAACGUCACCAUCUUGUGAGUACAGUGAAGCAAACUGUAUGAAGAUUUCUGAUUUCUUAACUCCCAUUACACCUCCAUUGAAAAUCGACAAUUAUCAAGUUGGUCGUGAAUAUUGCGAGGCGAGUUGCCUAGUGGCUUAUGAUUUGAGAAGUCAUGUAUCACCACUUAAAGACGAUGGGUGCUCAUCUGUAGUGAUGCCAUCGAAAGAUUUGGAAAGUCAUUCAAUUUUCGAGAAUGAUAAACUGGACAAUUUAGUGGACUCCGUUAGUGGAAUCCACCCGCACCAGACGGUACAAGUAGAACAACCGACUCCUUGCGAGGGGGAGCUUUAUAAUUCAGCUGCACCAAGUCUUGAAGCUGAGAACGAGAAGCUUCUUGAGAACUCCUUCCUUACUAGAACUAAUUUCGGUGACUGGGUCAAUUCUGCAUUUCCAGAGAUAAGCCAAGAAUUGAUUGAUCUAAUGGUAAACUACUAGCCAGAUUGCAUCAUCUGACUCUCCCCUUCUGCGAGCCAGUCUGGAACUUGGAAAACCAGAUCUCUAUUUAGCUUUGGUGCUUCCUCUUAUUAGCCAAUAUGAUGGCCGCCAUGCAUUUAUGUAUGUUGGGUGUUAUUAAAAAGCGGAGUAUAUGUACUAGCCUUUAUUUCGGGAAUCUGGAUGUGUGCUGAUUUCACAUAAUGUGAACAAGGCUGAUCAUUUAGACACUUUGUGGUUUCCUGUUUCUAUUUUGUUAAAUAUAGUUAUGGAAGCUGUGCAAUUAAGCUUUGUGAUGUAACAGUACCAGCCUGUUUGCUUGGCUAUAUAGGACAACUUAUCAUCAAAUAAAGGAUAAAGAUCCCC